AUCACAGUGCAGCAAAAUGUUCAUCAUACUUUGUCAAUGAAGAGCACAACACUGCUGAAGGUUCAUCAUAAUAUUUUGUCAAUGAAUAGCACAGGCACUGCUGAUGAUUAAUUUUCAUCGUUUCAGACACUUGUGUUUCAUAGCUAAAAUGGUGGUGAAAUAUAAAUGGUUAUUUAAUAGUUCAUAGACAGUCUCGUCACACUUUGUUGGUAGGUAACUGAUGCUGAUACUACUGACAUUCCAUGGGGUCUAAAAAUAUAUAUAAUUUUUACUGAGGCAGUCCUGCAAAGGUUUUCAUCUUAAAAGGAUAUAGCGAGAUAUUUAAUAUUAUUAUUUUAUAAUUUUAAGAAACCAAGGGAAAGUACUUGCAGUAUUGGGAAAAGACAACUAUUUGAAUUCCUUUUAUCAUUCAAGAAAUGCAGAUGUCACAAGAAAAUGCAAUAAGUUUCAAUAAGAGCUGGUUCUCAUUUCAUUAGUCAUAUGAUGCAUGGACAUGUUUUGGUCGUUUUAGUUGUGAAUACUUGGGGCAGACAUCAAAAUGGCUUCCGAACUAAACCUAGAGCUUCUUAUGAAAAAGGAAGUUGAAGACCCAGUAUCCGUGUUUUUAAUCAAACCUGAAAAGGAAAAUUUGGAUGGUUUUCAUUGUGGAUCCACAAAUAAUAGUUUUCUGUUUUCAGACCCACACAUCACAGUUAAAGUAAGGCCAGAUUUAGAUCCAUCUAUGAAGGUGGAGGUGGAACCAAUAUUGUUUGUGUCUAAUGGAAAUGAUCUGAGUGUUCCAAGUUUCUCUUUUAUGGGUGAGAAAGACCCUUUAAGUUGUGAUGGUGAUUGUGGAGUAGAUAUCUUAGAAGAAGGAAAUGUAAAGUUGCAUACAUCUGCCAAAGAUGUCUUCCAGGUGCCUUUUGAAAAUGGUAAUAAACAGGUUUAUCAGAAAAAGGACCAUGAAAGUAACAAGAAACUUGAACAAGAAAUGGAAAGAUUUUCACUGAAAACUAAUAGGGAUGCAAAGUCAUUUAUUUGCGUUGAGUGUGGAAGCCAUUUUUCUCAACCAGGCAGUCUCAGAAAGCACGAGAAAAUUCAUACAGGAAAGAAACCAUUCACAUGCACUGAAUGUGAUAAAAGCUUUUUGAGAAGAACUCAUUUGAAAUCCCACAUGAGAACUCACACAAAGGAGAAACCAUUUACUUGUAUUCACUGUGGAACUGGUUUUUCUCAAACAGGCAGUCUCAAAUUGCAUGUGAGAACUCACACAGGAGAGAAGCCAUUCACAUGCACUGAAUGUGGAAAAGGAUUUAUUAGUAAAGCUCAUCUGAAUUUACAUUUUGGUAUUCAUACAGGAGAAAAGCCAUUCGUCUGUACUGAGUGUGGAAAGAGCUUUUUAAGGAGGACACAUUUGAAAUCUCACAUGAGGAUGCACACAGGGGAGAAGCCAUUUACAUGUGCAGAAUGUGGAAGUAAGUUUUCUCAGUUAGGCAAUCUCAAAAUGCACGUGAGAACUCACACGGGAGAAAAGCCGCACUCUUGCACAGAAUGCAAUAGUAGCUUUUCACAGCCAGGUAACCUUAAAAAGCACAUGAAAACUCACACAGGCGAGAAAACAUUGACUUACAUUGAAUGUGGAAACAGUCUCGCCCAACCUGAACUUCACCUGAAAAAUCACAUGAGAAUUUUCCCAGGAGAGAAACCCUUCACCUGCUCAGUGUGUGGAAGCAGUUUUGCUCAACCAGGUUAUCUAAAAAUGCAUAUAAGGACACAUACUGAAGAGAAGUCAUUUAUUUGCAGUGUUUGUGGAAAGGGGUUUAUCAGUCAAGCUCAUUUGAAUUCUCAUAUGGGAACUCAUGCUAAAGAGAAGCCAUUCAUUUGCACCGAAUGUGGAAAAGGAUUUAGUAACAGUUCUCAUUUGAAAUCUCACAUGAGAGCUCAUAUAGGAGAGAAGCCAAUUUCAUGCUCUGAGUGUGGAAAAACAUUUUCAAGGAGAAGUCAUUUAAAAUCUCACAUGAGAACUCACACAGGGGAAAAACCAUAUACUUGUAUUGAGUGUGGAAAUAGUUUUUCCCAAUCAGGUAGUCUAAAAAUGCACUUGAGAACUCACACAGGAGAGAAGCCGUUCAGCUGCACAGUGUGUGGAAAAAGGUUUUUUAGGAGAACUCAUUUGAAAAAUCACAUGAAGCUCCAUGUUGGAUGAAAGCUCUUCAGCUGCAUAAUAUGGAUUUAAUACUAUAACUUUGAAAUACCCAUAAGAAUUCAUGCAAAUUCUGGACCACUCAUUUAUUUAGUGUUGUGUGUUGUAAACAUACAUUUGACAAAAUCCAUUGUAUGUAAAGAAUUUGAAAAUAUGUUUACAGAUUUUAUAUUUUAUAACCUAUUUAUAUCUGCCACCAAUAGAGGAUUAGCCAUUCCACAAUGACAAGAAUACUAGUGGUAUUCAGUGAUUAAGAGUGGGCAUCCCACUGACUUAGUCAGUGUAGCCUGCAGUUUUUUUUUCUAUUGCAUUGGAGUUUACAAUCCAAUUUUUAAUGUUUUUCCUGGGUGUUUAUAUCUGUUGAGUGAUUUCUUUAUAUCUUAUUUUUAGUUAUAUUGGAUUGAGCUACAGUGGCAUGGAAUUUUUAUAUUUCUCAUUCUUUCUUGAUGAAUUUGUGUAGCUCAUGACCUUAUGCGGUGCUCUUCUAAUUACCAAUAUAGCAAUGUUUUCAGGCGAA